CGUAAGGCUGCGAAGAAGGUGGCGACCUUGAACAUGAAUGGCUUCGGGAAUCUGCAGCGCGACCAUCCAGAGAAUAAAUGGGCGGGCAUUAACUGCCUGAUGGUUGAGAAAAAGGUCGCGGUGUUGAUGUUGCAGGAGACUCACCUGACAGACGAGUCGAGAGAACGAGUUGAGGUAAUGUUCUCGCGAAAGCUAAAGAUCUUCCACACGUCAGACCCCUCGCACCCAACGAGGCGGAAUGGUGUCGCCAUUAUCUUGAACAAGCGUCUCAUCUCCUGCGAGAAGGCCAAAGCGACGGUGGUAGUACCGGGCCACGCCCUACACCUGUCAGUAGAAUGGCAACCGGGCGAAAUGAAGGACUUACUUGCGAUCUAUGCACCCACGUCCGCAGGCACUACCGCGCGGAAGAGGUUUUUUGCCGAAGUUACGCAGUUCUACGACAGGCGAACGCACCUACGCCGCCCAUGCCUGAUGGGUGGCGAUUUCAAUUGCAUAGAGGAUGAGAUCGAUAGACUCCCCAUGCGAUGCACACAACUUUCGGAAGGCACCCCUAUCGACCGCUCGGUGGAAGAACUUGACAAGCUAAAGCAGACCUUAGGAUUGAAGAUCACGGAUGGCUGGAGAGCGACAUACCGAGACAGCUUGAACUACACCUUUGUACGCCACACACCAACAGGCACGCAACUAUCGCGACUUGAUAGGAUAUACUGCAAUGAGGAGGUAUUCCGGACUGCGCGGCAAUGGAAAGUCGAGGAGGCGAGCCUCAAGACGGAUCAUAGCCUAGUGUCAGUAAUGAUUACCACAGAAAAGUCCCCUCUCGUAGGCGACGGUCGCUGGAGGCUACCCGAAUACCUCUUGAAGGACAGAGAAAUGAAGGAGUUCAUGAAGAAGCGCGGAAUCCAGGCUAUCAGCGAACUCUCCGCUCUGCAAGGGGGUCAAGGGCGAACGGAAGAGCAGAACGCGCAGACGAUACUGCGCCGUUUUAAGGAUGAUAUAUCCGAGAAGGCGCGAGAACGGCAGAAAACUCUUGUCCCUGGACUGCAGCAGAAGAUCAGCCAAACCCAACGCACGCUGGACAACACCUUGAAGGACGGCCCUCCGAACGGAGAAAAGCUGAAAAAGGUGGCAGAACUCAAGCUCCAGCUCCAGAAGCUGGAAAGGCACAGGGUGCAGUUGAUUAAGGCUAAAAUGCGUACCAAAUACAAGGUCAAUCGUGAGCUACCCACGAAGAUCCUGACCGUGUCGAACAAGGAAACGAAGCCGCGAGACCUCAUUCACACCCUCGAGCGAGAGGGGGAAUACACGGCUGCGGGGGACCCUGUUUAUGAGCAUGAUUCGGCGAAGAUGGCGGACUUAGCCAGGAAGUACCACCGCGACCUGCAACGUGAUCAGCCCGGCGAGUUUCCGACCGAAGAUCGAGAGCAGUGCAUACGCGAGGCCCUCGACAGCUUGGGCGAUGUGAGGGUAACAGCGGAGCAGGCCGAAGAGCUCGGCAGCGCGUUGUCCUAUGACGAGAUUGAGCUUGCCUUGAAAUUCUCCAAGAAUUCCUCGGCCCCCGGCGUGGAUGGCCUACCGUACGAGUUAUGGAAGUCCCUACAUGCUCGGUAUUGUGAGGAUAGUCAAUAUCCCGACCGCCAAGCUUUCGAUGCGCUUCACCUUCUCCAAGCAGCCUUCAACGAUAUUCAGCGCUUUGGGACGUGCGAGAAGGCCGAAUUUGCGCGGGGAUGGAUGUGCCCUCUGUAUAAAAAGAAUGAGCGCUCUAAGAUAUCCAAUUACAGGCCGAUUACGCUCCUGAACACGGACUACAAGCUACUCACCAAGAUACUGUCCAUUCGACUG